GAGGGAACUUUCUGCUGAGGAUGACGGGCCUGCUUUCUUGGGCGGCUUUUCGAAAGCCCGGGAGCAUCUGGCCGCUUCCGCUUCGACCACGAGCUGAGGGUUUUCUUUCCGCCUAGCCGUAAAUCUCAAGGGUCUUGCUAAUUAGAAGUGAGACUUCACAUUUGACGUUUACCGUAUUUAAAGGCAGAAUUUCCUCACUCCCUUCUCACAAGCACGCACUUCCCAUUUUUUGAUUUCUAGAGUUUUCUUUGUGGAAAGUAAUUUUGAGGUUUUCAGAUAAUAAAUGACGUUAGAAGAGUUGUGAAAGUAAAACAAGGCUAUCGGACGAUAGCCUGGAAUUUUCUUUUAAUUGUAAAUGGAUAUCUUAUUGAGAAACAAAUUAACCAUGACUGCCUCUCAAAGAUAGGAAAGGUUGGACAUCCAGGAACUUUUCGUGUUAGGAAUACCUAAGUGCAAUGGUUUUGUGUACACAAGGGAUUUGGCAAUAGGAGGCUAUUUUUGUUUUAAGACUAGGGUUGAAUUAGCUGAAAGACCAACGGAAGAUCUAACAGGUUUUGUCGGUUAUCAAGGAUAACUUUGUGAGACCUUUGACUUUGUAGCUUCAGUAAUAUCCUCUCGUUAGCUAUUUUAAUAUAGUCGAUUUCCUGAUAAUUGACAGGAGUAAAAUUUGUUAUUAAACCUUAGAAAUAAUACUUUCUUAUUACAGGGAUGGGACAAUAGGAGCGAAAUUUCGAGUCUAAGGGAAAACGCUGGCCAGGCGCGGUGGCUCACACCUGUAAUCCCAGUGCUUUGGGAGGCUGAGGUGGGCGGAUCACUUGAGUUCAGGAGUUUGAGACCAUCCUGGCCAACAUGAUUUUUCUUCAUCCCUUUACUUUGAGUCUGUGGGGGUCAUUGCAUGUGAGAUGGGUCUACUGAAGACAGCAUACCAUUGGGUUUUGCUUCUUUAGCCAAGUUAUCAUUCUGUCUUUUAAUUGUGGUGUGCAUUCAAGAUAAGUUUAUACCAUGGAUGGCACAAAGGAGAAGAAUGAUGGUUACAAAGAUGAUCUUCUGCUUAGGAUGGGACUUAAUGAUAAUAAAGCAGGAAUGGAAGGAUUAGAUAAAGAGAAAAUUAACAAAAUUAUAAUGGAAGCCACAAAGGGGUCCAAAUUUUAUGGAAAUGAGCUCAAGAAAGAAAAGCAAGUCAACCAACGAAUUGAAAAUAUGAUGCAACAAAAAGCUCAAAUCACCAGCCAACAGCUAAGAAAAGCACAAUUACAGGUUGACAGAUUUGCAGUGGAAUUAGAACAGAGCCGAAAUUUGAACAAUACCAUAGUGCACAUUGACAUGGAUGCUUUCUAUGCAGCUGUAGAAAUGAGGGACAAUCCAGAACUGAAGGAUAAACCCAUUGCUGUAGGAUCAAUGAGUAUGCUGACUACUUCAAAUUACUGUGCAAGGAGGUUUGGUGUUCGUGCAGCUAUGCCAGGAUUUAUUGCUAAGAGACUCUGCCCACAUCUUAUAAUAGUGCCCCCAAACUUUGACAAAUACCGAGCUGUGAGUAAAGAGGUUAAAGAAAUACUUGCUGAUUAUGAUCCCAAUUUUAUGGCCAUGAGUCUUGAUGAAGCCUACUUGAAUAUAACAAAGCACUUACAAGAAAGACAAAAUUGGCCUGAGGAUAAAAGAAGGUAUUUCAUUAAAAUGGGAAACUCAGUAGAAAAUGAUAAUCCAGGAAAGGAAGUUAAUAAACUGAGCGAGCAUGAACGAUCCAUCUCUCCGCUACUUUUUGAAGAGAGUCCUCCUGAUUUGCAGCCCUCAGGAGAUGAAGAGCAAAACAAUCCUCAAAUACUCCAAAACUCAGUUGUUUUUGGAACAUCAGCCGAGGAAGUGGUAAAGGAAAUUCGUUUCAGAAUCGAGCAAAAAACAACACUGACAGCCAGUGCAGGCAUUGCCCCAAAUACAAUGUUAGCAAAAGUAUGCAGUGAUAAGAAUAAACCAAAUGGACAAUACCAAAUUCUCCCCGAUAGACAAGCUGUGAUGGACUUCAUCAAGGAUUUACCCAUUAGAAAGGUUUCUGGAAUAGGAAAAGUUACAGAAAAAAUGUUAAAGGCCCUUGGAAUUAUUACAUGCACAGAACUUUACCAACAGAGGGCAUUGCUUUCUCUCCUUUUCUCUGAAACAUCUUGGCAUUAUUUCCUUCAUAUCUCUUUGGGUCUAGGCUCAACACACCUGACAAGGGAUGGAGAGAGGAAGAGUAUGAGCGUUGAGAGGACUUUCAGUGAGAUAAAUAAAGCAGAAGAACAAUACAGCCUAUGCCAAGAACUUUGCAGUGAACUUGCUCAAGAUCUGCAGAAAGAAGGACUUAAGGGUAGAACUGUUACCAUUAAGUUGAAGAAUGUGAAUUUUGAAGUAAAAACUCGUGCAUCUACAGUUUCGUCUGUUAUUUCUACUGCAGAAGAAAUAUUUGCCAUUGCUAAGGAGUUACUAAAAACAGAAAUUGAUGCUGAUUUUCCACAUCCCUUAAGAUUGAGACUUAUGGGUGUUCGGAUAUCUAGUUUUCCCAGUGAAGAAGACAGGAAACACCAACAAAGGAGCAUUAUUGCCUUUUUACAGGCUGGAAACCAAACCCCAUCAGCCAGUGGGUGUAUACUAGAGAAAACUAACAAAGAUAAGUUUGCAAAACCUCUAGAAGUGUCUCAUAAGAAGAGUUUCUUUGAUAAAAAACGAUCAGAAAGGAAAUGGAGCCACCAAGAUACAUUUAAAUGUGACACCAUGAAUGAACAAAGUUUACAGACAUCACAGCUAUUCCCAGUUUUAAAGAAGAUGAAUGAGAAUUUGGAAAUAUCAGAGAAUUCAGAUAACUGUCAGAUAUUUACCUGCCCUAUUUGCUUUAGGGCGCAAGGAUACAUCAGUCUGGAAGCCUUUAAUAAACAUGUAGAUGCAUGUCUCGAUGGAUGUUCAAUCAGUGAAAACUCUAAAAUGUUCUCAUGUUCACAUGUUUCUGCAACCAAAGUUAACAAGAAAGAAAAUAUUUCUUCUUCUUCACUUUAUGACAAGCAAGGUGAUGAAGCCCAUCCAAAAAAUAAAGAAAUAUCUUCAGUAGAUUGUGUAGAUUUAGUAGAUACUAUACAUAACUCAUCUAAAGCAGAAAGCAUAGAUGCUUUAAGUAAUAAGCAUAGCAAGGAAGAAUGUUCUAGUCUCCCAAGCAAGUCUUUUAAUAUUGAACACUGUCAUCAGAAUUCUUGUACUGUUUCAUUGGAAAAUGAAGAUGUUGGAUUAUUAAGUAGACCAGAAUCCUGCCAGCCUUAUUUAUGUAAAGUGGUAACAGGCCAAGCUCUAGUUUGUCCUGUUUGUAACGUAGAACAAAAGACUUUAGAUCUAACCCUGUUCAAUGUGCACGUAGAUGUUUGCUUAAAUAGAAGUGUUAUCCAAGAACUAAGAAGGGAUAAAGUUAACCCAGUUAAUCAACCCAAAGAAAGCUCCAAAAGUACUGGUAGCUCAAGUGGAGUACAGAAGACUGUAACAAGAACAAAAAGGCCAGGAUUGAGAACAAAGUACUCAACAUCAAAGAAAAUAAAACCAAACAAUCCCAAACAUACCCUUGAUACAUUUUUUAAGUAAACAUUGAACAUUUGAUCAUUAAUUUUUAAUUGAAACUUGUUGUUUUAUAAUCAAUGAAUUUGUUUUUCCUGAUUUUAAGUUUGCAGAUUUAUUUAGUGAAGGCAAGUGCAAUAAUCCUUCCUCAGAUGACGUUUGCUUUUCUAAGAAUUUGGAAUAUAUACUAAUUAUUUAUAUCUUUUUUAUAACCAUGAGAAUUUACUUCUGUUAUACAUCAAUUAGAAAUUAAUCCGGUUAAGAGAUAAUUUUUAAAAAAGAAAUUAGGAAUUCGAUCAGAAGGUGAUUUUUAAAAUUAUUUUUAUACUAAUUAGAAAAACAGAUUUGUAAGGGCUUUCAAAGAUUCAUGCAAACCUAUAUUAUCCUAAGGAUUUUUUACCACUUAACUACUUUGUUGGCAUUGAUCCUAGUAUCUUUAGAUACCUCAUGAGCAUUCAUAAUUAAAAUUUAUCUUAAGUUCUAUGAAGAGUAUUAACAUAACUAGCAUAAGUGGUUUUCUUACCUUCAGGAAAAUAAUAUAGUAUUAUCUGUGUUAAAAUGGUUUUUGCUUAAAAUAUAAUUUUUAAUUUGGCUUUUCUUAUUUAAAAUUCUGUUAUGAAUAAACACUUGAAUCACUUUUUAAAAAUAUUUAGUCCAAGAUGAUUCAAAGUAGUUUUAUUUUAAUACAGGACUUUUAAAUGGCAGUAUUUCAUUUCUUGUCAGUUAUGUUGGUACUUUCUACAAAUCUAUAAAGAAGAAUGAAUUGUAUAGCCACUUUAUUAUAGUCUUCAAAAGAAAAUGUGUAAUCCAAAAGAUUAAUGUAUAUUAAGACACAUUAAGUAUCUUAGUUACAUUGCUAUCAACAUUUUUAUUAAUAGCUGUGAAAGAAGACAGCUUAUUAGUAGUUAGCUUAAGUAGUUUCUCAACAUACUUUUGUGCUAUCAAUGAAUUCUUCUCAGAUAAUCAUUAUUUAGGCCAAGCACGGUGGCUCAUACCUGUAAUCCCAGCACUAUGGGAGGGGAAGGCGGGCAGAUUACUUGACAGGUCAGGAGUUCCAGACCAGCCUGGCCAACAUGGUAAGACCCUGUCUCUACUUAAA